AUGAUAUCAUCAAGACGAAAGUCCUGCUCCGCUUGUGCCCGGGGCAAAAGGCGGUGCGACCUCGGGUUCCCGCAGUGUGGGCGCUGUCUUGCAAGGCGAGUCACCUGUGUGUAUGCUUGGAUAUCACCCCAAGAAGCCCAAGAGGUGGUAAAAACCACCAACCCAAGUCUUUGGACACCGCAAGAGAGUCCACAUCAUUAUCUUGAUCAAAGCGGCACUACCGAAGCAUAUCAGUCGAGUCACGACUUGCCCGGACCAGGAGAACGCCAUGCCAAUAAUGAUACCACAUUUUGCCCAGCUCCCAUGACUCUCUCCCCGGCCCUGGUAUCUCUAAUAGAUGAGAUUACCGGCCGAGGAAGAACCAUAUCAUUCCUUGCCCCAGGCCCCCAACUUCAAUUCCUCGACAAGUCAUAUCCAAAUGCGGGCUCAGAUGUACAUGCGCCCCAACCUCCACAAAGCAUUGGUAUUCCACCGACACCUUUCCAAGGAGCCAGUGGUAGCUCCAUGUAUACAGACAAGAUCUUUCAGGCACGUGCAGAGUAUGCUGCCAGCCGCCUAGUCCGUCAGGUUAGGACUUUAGCAGAAACGGGACAAACAUCCUUUAUCCACCACUCUCAUAUCGACGGCUCUGCUAUAUUGCGAGACGCUUUCGCUGCUUGCUGCCUAAACAUGACACGCAACUCGGCAAAUGAGUCGCUUAUUCGGUCAGAGAUUGCGAGGCGGGCAGAACUGCUUAUAGAGGCUACAGAGACAGCCAUCUCCCUGACGCCGCCUAGUUCUCAUUCGGCCAUGAAUCUUGACCUCCUACCCGCUGUACAGGCCAUGCUUAUUUACCAGUGCAUGCGGCUAUUCUCAACUGGCGACAUUGCACAACAGACACAGGCGGAGCUAGACGCUAAGUCGCUUGCAAGAUGGGUCGACAUCUUGCAAGAACAGACUCAGUGGUCGUGGGAUAACUUUUCCAGCGGUACACAGCUCGACCUUUCCGUCUGGAAAGACUGGGUCCAAGCAGAAAGCAUCCGACGUACCAUGAUCUUUGCAGAGCUGCUGGACGGCAUCUACACCUUCCUUAGAUUUGGCUGGUACCAACCCAGUGCGAGGAUGGCCAAGCUGGGCUUUACAGGACAAGUCGCUAUAUGGGAAGCAAGGUCGCCAGCAGAGUGGCACCAAGCAAGAGGGCAAAAGCCUUGGGUCGAGUUAAAUAUCUCGAGUUUCCAUGACGGCAUCAAGGCGGCAUUUCCUGACGACCUUGAUGAAUUGGGAAUCAUCAUCCUGAGUAACUGUGUCACUCUUCAUACGCUGUAA